UGAUACUAUACAAUGGGACUAAAGCUAAAGUUAUUUCUAAAAGCAGUGACCAAAAUCACAAUAAACAAAUGUCAGGGACCAAAACAAAUUAUUAUAAGCCUUAACAUUUAACAAAAUCUUCCUUCCUUCUUUCUUUCCAGUGGAACAAUGUUCAUUCUGAGGUUGAUGAGGUUUCCCUUUCUUCCUAAUCCCUCUUUUCUUCGUUCCUUUCACUCUCACUCUCACUCUCACUCUCACUCUCACUCUCGCUUUCAUUCUUCCUUUCACAAUCCUGGUGAUGCCAUCUCACACUUCAAUCGCUUACUCCGAAUGUGUCCUACUACCCCUUCCAUCGUUGAAUUUAACAAGAUUUUAACUUCCCUUGUUAAGACCAAGAAGCAUUACUCCACCGCUAUCUCGCUUUCUCACCAGAUGGAGUUCACUGGAAUCAAGCCAAGCCUUGUUACUAUGAACAUCUUGAUCAAUUGCUACUGCCACCUAGGUCAAAUCAAUUCUGCUUUUUCUGUACUCGCCAGAAUUCUCAAGAGUGGUUAUCAGCCUGAUACCAUCACCUUCACUACUCUUAUCAAAGGUCUCUGUCUUAGUGGCAAGGUUCAGCGAGCCCUCCAAUUUCAUGACGAUGUGAUAGCACAGGGAUUUCGGUUGGAUCAAGUCAGUUACGGAACCUUGAUCAAUGGGCUAUGUAAAAUAGGGGAAACCAGAGCUGCUUUGGAGUUGCUUAGGCGGAUUCAAGGGCGAGGGAUUAAACCUGAUGUGGUAAUGUACAGCACAAUCAUCGAUAGCCUGUGUAAAGAUAAACUUGUAAGUCAUGCUUGCAAUUUAUAUUCUGAAAUGCUUGCCAAGGGAAUAUCUCCUAAUGUAGUCACGUACAGUGCUUUAAUAUAUGGCUUUUGCAUUGUUGGUCAAUUGAAACAAGCAAAUGCUUUGUUACAUGAAAUGCCAACGAAAAACAUAGACCCGGAUGUUUAUACUUUUAGUAUAUUGGUCGAUGCUUUAUGUAAGGAAGGGAAGGUGAAAGAAGCUAAAAAUGUGUUAGCUGUGAUGAUUAAACAAGGUCUGAAACCUGAUGUUGUUACUUAUAGUUCCUUGAUGGAUGGAUACUGCUUAGUUAAUGAAGUGAGUAAAGCCCGGGAUGUAUUCAAUGCUAUGGCUCGGUGGGGAGUGACUCCUAAUGUUCAGAGCUACUCUAUUAUGAUUAAUGGAUUGUGUAAGAUUAAAAUGGUGGAUGAAGCCUUGAAUCUCCUUGCAGAAAUGGAUUGCAAAAAGAUUAUUCCUAAUACAGUGACCUACAGUUCUCUUAUUGAUGGUUUAUGCAAAACGGGGAGAGUCUCUCAUGCUUGGGAGCUUCUUGAUGAGAUGCAUGUGAAGGGUCAACCAGCCAAUAUAAUCACCUAUAAUUCUUUAUUGGAUGCUUUAUGCAAGAGCCAUCAUGUUGACAAAGCAAUUGCAUUGAUCAAGAAAAUUAAAGACCAGGGUGUUCAGCCAGAUUUAUGCACAUACAAUAUACUUAUGGAUGGACUAUGCAAAGCUGGAAGACUUAAGGAUGCGCAAGAGAUUUUUCAUGAUCUUUUGAUAAAAGGCUAUCAUAUAACUGUCCAUACAUAUACUGUUAUGAUCAAUGGACUUUGUAAAGAAGGCUUGUUUGAUGAAGCGUUGGCCUUGCUGUCAAAAAUGGAAAUUGAGGGUUGUACUCCUAAUGCUAUAACUUUUGAAUCUAUUAUCCGUUCACUCUUUGAAAAAGGUGAGAAUGACAAGGCUGAGAAACUUCUUCGUGAAAUGAUUGCUAGAGGUCUACUGGAAAAAAUUUAGAUACACAUGGAAAAGGAUGAUGGACUACACAAUGGGCUCACUUUCUCCAUAGCUAAAAACCAUGUGUUCUUACUUGUCAGCUUUGUUGCAGUGGUUGGAGUUGCUUUAGUGUGACUAGGAGGCCACAUAUUCAAUAGAACCAACCAAUCCCAAAUGCAAUGUAAGGAGGCUGCCUAUAUAGACGCACAAAUAGCCAUCAUUGUUUUUCCUCAAUGUACUGUCAAUGUACAUCUACUUUAAGAGGUUUUUUUCAGUCAGUGCUCAUUGUUAAUGCUUCUGAUUGAAAACAAAGCUCAAACAGGCAUGAUUAUUUGGAACCAGACAUGAUUAUAGUUGAUUUUAUUCGCCAAAUUAGAUACUAGAAGUUAGAACUUGAUAUUUCUUUUGCAGUAUAUUUCUUGUAUAUAUUUUAAAGAAUGGGAACAAAAAAGUAAACAUGAAGUUUAUUGUUUUAGUAAUAGUGUCGACUAUUGACUGAUGAAAAAAGUGCUGCCAUCAUCUAAUGUAAAUCCUGAUGCAGCUAUACCAGCUCUCAUAUGGUGCAUAAAGAUUGUUCAUUCAAAUCACACAAUUCAAUGGUAAAAUUAAUUUGGAGGGAGGUUCUAAUUAAUUUAUUAUAUCCAUAAAAUACGUCCCGUACCAGGUUUUCAUUAAGACCAAACUGACAGUUUGGCGAUAGUGAAAAUAAGCCAUUUGGAAAUGGAUUAGAUUCCAUAUAUUUGUACUUUUUAACGGUAUCUGAAUCAGAAUUUGUAGCAUUAUGCAUUUUGUCCCUUUUCUUUUUUUACCUGUUUUAAACUUGCUAUUUUCUUACUAAGCUGCAUAAGAGUAUAUCAGAAUCACUGGCUGAAGCUUCCUUCCUUCCACUAUACUUAUGAUAAUUAGCAAGUAAAUUUAAGUUCUUGACUUGGAGGGCCUAGAUGGCUUAUUAUUGCAUGGAUUGGCAGCAUUUGUUCUAAAAAGAAGGAUCUUCCAGAGAUAUGCUCUUAAAUCUUUAGCCAUUGGUAACUAAUCCAAUGAUUACUAUUACAAAAUAUAUGUGCCCUGUUUCUUGUAUAAUGUAUUGUUGUGAAUUUCAGAAGCUCUGCUAUAAAGAUAGAUAUCUUCUAUUCGCUUCAUGCUUGGCUCAUGCUUUGGUAAUUAAUUCAGCUGCUCUCUAUCAUACUCCUGAAUCAUAUUAUUCACAUUUUUCAUCAUUGCAUACCUAUAAUGAAAACAAAAGUUGCAAUUUUACACAAAUGACCCUUGCCAUUUUCUGUUUAACUGCAAAGUCAGAUUGCUCAUGUUACUUUUUCUCAUGAAGCAAUUAUAUGACCAAAUACACACUUAGUAAAUAUGGUUUUAUCUGAAACAUAUGAAAAGAACCAUUAAAAUUGGUUAAAUUUUGUAUUUAAUCAUUAUAAGGUAUUGAUAGUUGUUCACAAAUGUUUCCCCCCACCCCCGCUCAUUAUGCUUCUUCAACUUACAUUUAUUUAGCUUGAAUUAAAAGUAAAGAUUUCUGCUUCUUUUAUUUUUUGGUUUUGGAUAUUGUUUUCUGAUUUCCGGUUUUUGGUCAUGGUUAUUCCUCUUUAUCAUGGUCUUUAGCACUGAUUUAGAUUUUUCAUUUGUUCUUGUUUGUCAAUGCUCCCAAAUCAUGUAUGCCUCAUUGGGCCUUGAUGUCGACUAGACUUCAAGAGGUAUUACGUUGAGAGUUUGAAAGGAAAUGAAUUCUGAUUGUUUGGUUGUGUACAAUAGUGUAACAAAUAUAGUAGAGAGGGAGUAAACAGGAAGUUAUACUGGAGGCUAGCUCUAAUAAAUACUAAUAAAGUAGUAUUUACCAUAAAAUAGUGAAGCAUGUUGCUUUUGGUAACAGGUUUCAGUUGUUUCCAUGGCAAUAAUUCUCGCCAUCUAAUUUCUCCAAGAUCGCAUGCACUGAGAAAGUCAUCAGAACUGAAGUAGACACAACUCCUGGUGACAUUCUCUCCGCCGAAGCCGCGGCCCCGUGGUCGUCCUAGGAAAAAUCAUUCGGUGAAGAGUGGUUCUGAUGUACCUCUUGUAGGCCUCGAGGGCGUCCUAAGAAAUCAGAGAGCUUGGAAAGUUCAGGUAUGCCUCCUCCCGUCGCCGCUCCUGCUCCCUCUUCUGGAGGCUACUUUACUCGCGCUACAAAGGCCUGGUUAUUGGGAAAAUCUGUGGGUUCUGUUUCCGGGAAGCGAUAAGGAGGCUAUUCGUGGUUUGGCAGAGGAGCUUAGAGAGAAUUGGCCUGUUGGCUUGUAGGCGUUUAGUGCCUGGCUCUUGGGUUUUGUUUUUGGUUUUGGGGCUCUUGUGGGUGCUUAGUGGUGGGGUAGGUUUUUUGGCUUGAGCUUGUCUUGUUUUCUUGCUGUUGUGUUUUCUUUGUUCUUUGGGGUUGGUUUUGCGCCUUUCUUUUUUCUUUCCUUCCUUUGUGGGAUUGUUCUUUCCUUUGAAUUUGGAUAAAUCCUUUUUGCUCUCAAAAAAAAAAAAAAACUCCUGGUGACAUAAGGAGAAUUAGAAAUGUGAAAAAGGGUUUGAGCUACAAAUCUGCCAACUAGUCUUACUUCACCCCUGUUAGAAUUUCAACAGUCAGAGAAUAAGAGACUAAGAAAGCAUUUGGUAGAAACAGAUAAGCUCAUCUCAAAUGUAUAUGAUGUGUUUCUUUUUUUUGUUUAUAAUUGGAAGAUUACAGCUCUAGUUCUGAUGCGUCAAAAUGAAAUAUUAACCGAUAGAAAAGUCCACUCUCAAGAUGUUUAUGCUAGGUACCCAAAGCUUUAUAUGGUAGUUUUUUGUUUUUUGUUUGUUUCAGAUCAUGGUAGCUACUAGCUUUAUUUUCCCUCAUCUGGUCCAACGAUUUUUGUGCUUCCUAUGCUUUCACAUUGUUCACGUAAUUUUUUUUUCUUAGUUUAAUUGAUAGAAGUUCCAAAUCUUUGCUCAUUCAUGUGAUUUAUAUCCUUGAAUUUUAUGUUUGUUCAGCGUCCAUUACAUGGUGUCCUUAUUUUUUAAUAUAUAAUGAACAUUUGUUCCACUUGUGCUCCAUGUUCUGAAAUCUCGGUCAUUUGCAUUGGUUACAUCUUUUUAUAUCUGUAAAAAUAUAGAAUACCAUCUCUUAAAAAUAGAGCUGCUGCACUUUUAUAAUGAACAACUUGUUUAACUAUUGCUUGGAAUGAGGGUGGAGGACUGAGCUGUGUGUGACUGUCGCUAUAAUGAAAGUAUAAUGCAGGGUUUAUGCAGGGUAUUGUGGUUUGUAUUGGCUGAAAUUUGUUUGAUUUUUAUGGUAUUGUGUCUGAAUUGUCUACUGUAAUGGAAGUAUAAUGCAGGGUUUAUGCAGAGUAUUUUGGGAUGUAUUGGCUGAAAUGUGGUUGAUUAUCUGGUAUGUGUUAUGCCUGAACUGUGCUGCUGAUUUUUGUGCGUUUGGAUAUAAGAGUGGAGAGAGUUUGCUGGUUUUGUGGAAUGUUUUCAAUGGUUUAAUGGGUGCUUGGUUUUGGAGACUUGGUUCAGUAGAGAGUGGGGUGUGAUUGUGUGACAGAUUUUAAAAUACUUAACAAAAGCCAAGGAUUUAAUGUUAUGAAUUUUUGGGGACCAAAUGCUGGUGCAUAUGAUUUUAUGGAGGCAAGGUUGUUAGUGGAUGUGGAUGGAUGAAGGUGUGGGAAUUUUCUGUCAUUCAAUUCUUGCUUGUCGUGGUGUUAAGAAAGCAGGUUGGAUUUGUCCCAGUGGCACUACGUUGGUAAUUGAUUUGGUUUUUGAAGGAAUGAUGGUCUAUUGGAUUGGGUUAUGUAGUGGGGAGGGUUUUUGUCUAGCUGCUGUGUUAUGGCAGUAGACUGGUUUACAUACUGGUUUAGUCCAAUUUAGUUUGUUUUUUGGUUUUGUAUCUUUGGAGGAUAUUAUGGGGUUUAUGGUUGUGGAUUACAUUUCAUUGACACACUUGAGAAUGUGGUACUCUUUUUCCUUCACUAGGUUUUCUCCCAAAGGGUUUUCCUAGUAAGGUUUUAUUGAGGCUCAUUCUCAAGUUUGGCCUUUUUUGGAGUGGUGAGAUGUGGUCUUCUUUACUUUCAUGGGAGGCUUGUUCUCAUGUUAGCUGUUAUCUCAUUCAAUAAAGAUUUCUCUUUGCUGUAAAAAAAAACUAUUGCGUGGAAUGAAAUUUGGCAAUGUUCUCAGCACUUAACCACAUAAAGUCUUACAACAUGCCGAAAAUGAGAUUGAAUGACUAUUUUAAUAUAUUGUCACCCGUAAUUCCGUUUUGUAAUUUUCUCAACUGUGUUUCUGAAUCAGAAGUGACUAGCUUGCUGAGAUUGUAGUUGUUUCUUAGAUGGGAUGGCUAGACAAUGGAGGCAAGAAUCAUGCUGUUAGAGCAACAAUAUUACCGCCACUACAUGGUGAACUCAUCACAACAAGUCGACUGUUUUAUGAUUUUCAUUGUAGAGAUUAAGGACCUCUCUUUCUUCAUUUUGUUUGGAGAGGAAAUGGACGUUUUAGAGGUAUCUUUGCUUGCAAUCCUUAGUGAAGGGGAUUUCUUCCCCAAGUAUAGUAUGAAUAGUAGUAAGGUCUUUUUUUUUUUUUUUUUUUUGAUAAAAAGUAGGUUUAAAUACUCUGCAGGUCCCUGAAAUUGUAUGGCGUGUGAAAAUAGGUCCCUUAAUUUUUUUUCCCGAUUUGGGAUCCCUGGAAUUAUUUUUUUAAUCUAAAUAAGUCUUUACUCGUGUUAUCAGCCUAUGUGUCACAAAUUUUACCCUGUCAUCGUGUCCAUGUGGCUUUUUAUAUUUAUUUUUAUUUCCACGUGGCUUUUAUAAUUUUUAAGUCAUAUAUAUAUUUUUCUUUAAAUUUUCUAUUUUUCACAUCCACAUUAUUAACACUAAUAACCCUAAAUGAAUCACUAACACUUUUUUUUUAGGCAAAAUGAAUGAAUUAAAAGUAGCAAAAAGGGUGCUACAUCCCAACUGUACAAGAGAUCAACAAAAAAGAAAGAAACAGAUUUACAACAGAACACCCACAUCAAUGAACGAGGCAAAGCCCAACAGGAAAAGAAACAAAAGACCUCAGCGAUUCUGCAGAGCCAAACAGCAACCCGUGUGCAGAUGAAAAACAGCAGCAAAGCAGUGCUACAAUGUUCAAACCCAGAACCUUAACCACCGCCACCUUCAACCCUCGAUCUCCUGCGAAUCACUCAUCAUUUGGAGAAACCAACACCACCAUUGCACUCCCCUCAUCGUCCGCAACAAAACCCCUCAACCAAUUUGUCGUUCCGCUGCCCUUCGCCGUGAGCCGCCGCCGGAGGCGAUUUCCGGCGAGCCCACCGACCUGCAACUGCGUCUCUCACGAUUUCCCUUUCUCUCUCUUUCUCAAGUGUGGUCAGGGUUUGAUAAUAAUAUCUAAAGGUAGAGAGGGUGAAGGUUGUGGGUUUUGUGACAGUUGUUGUUGCUGUUGGUGAAGGUUGUGGGUUGGUUUUCAU